AUGACGUUCAAUAUUAAAGGUAAAUGGCAGUCUAUAGCCAUCGAUUGCGAAGAAGGUAUUGAGCUAGAUCAGCUGCAAGGAUUAGUCUCUUUUGAAGAAUUAACCGAUUAUACUAUAACAGAUGGUACAGGAAAGGUCAGCGAAGUGACCAAUCGUUCCAAAAAUAAAUCUGUAAAAAAGACCCCCAAAAAGGACGCCAAUAAAGUUGAAGAAGAAAGUACUGUUGAAAAUCCACACGAUGAUGGAAAAGAUAACGUGAACAUGAAAGCAUGGGACUCGUUGCAAGUUCCAGAACCUGUCCUCAAAGCUUUAUCCGAUAUGAAUUUUUUAACACCAACUCCCAUUCAGUCGCUAUCUUUGGUAGCAGCUAUCCGUGAUAGGAAAGAUAUCAUCGGAGCUGCCGAAACGGGCUCAGGAAAAACGUUAGCUUAUGGGAUUCCAAUCAUUCAACGAAUUUUACAACUCAAGGCAGAUGGUAAGAAAUCGUCAAAAAGAAAGUGGGACAAAGCAAACAACAAGACAGAAGUGAUCAAAGAAACCCCAAGCAAAAAAAGAAAGCAUGAAAAAGGAGCAAAACCUACCAGCUCUACAAGUGACCAAAAAUCGUCAAAUAAAACUACAGUUGAUAAUAUGGAUAAUUCGGAAGUUGCGGAAAGCCCUGUAUACGCUUUAGUUUUAACGCCCACUAGAGAACUUGCACUACAAGUUAGAGACCAUUUAAGAAGUGCUGCCAAGUAUACCGACCUAAAAAUUGAAGCUAUUGUCGGUGGAAUAUCUCAACACAAGCAACAACGACUAUUAAACUAUCAGCCUGAAAUUAUUAUUGCGACACCUGGGCGCAUGUGGCAGCUAUUAAGCGAGGGGGAAAGCCAUCUACAAACCAUAAAUAAGCUACCGUUACUAGUGCUAGAUGAAGUUGACAGGAUGAUAGAAUAUGGACAUUAUGCCGAACUAUCAGAUAUACUGGAGAGAUUACCGGAACGUCCAUUAAGACAAACUUUGGUUUAUUCAGCUACAUUGACCAUAAAUAAGAAUAAAAAAGUAGAAAUGAAAAAAAGUGUUAAGAAGAAGUUAUCUAAUGAAAAAACAUUUGAUGCUCUAAUAGAAAAACUUAAACUUGAUAAAAAAGUGAAAGUCAUUAACCUAAUAGAAAAAGAUAUAACUGUAGAAACUCUUGUAGAAGCACGAAUCAAUUGCAUGGUUGAUGACAAGUUGAGCUGCUUGUACCUUUUUUGUUUACUUUUUCCUGGUAAAACGUUGGUAUUUGCAAAUUCGGUAUCUUGUAUUAAAAAAGUUGUCGAUAUCUUCCGCUUAUUGGAGCAACCGGCUUAUCCACUCCAUGCUAAGAUGCAACAACGACAGCGUCUCAAAAAUUUGGACAGGUUCAAAUCGUCUCCUAGUGGGAUUUUAUUUUGUACCGAUGUCGCAGCUCGUGGAAUUGACAUCAAAGAUAUUAAAUAUGUUAUUCAUUUCGAGUUGCCUAAAGCAGCUGAGCUAUAUGUUCAUCGCUGUGGUCGAACGGCUCGCGCUGCUAGCGAAGAUAUACCCGAAUUUCCUUUGGAUCGGUCAUUUGAAAGAGAUGUUAAGCGCCGGAUGGUCCUCGCCGAACGUAUAGUUAGCUUGGAAAAAACGUAUGUGUACAAUACAGCAAUUAUUGCAUGUGGUAUACGAAAUACGCGUAUGCGCAAUUAUAAAGUUAUCAACUUAUUGAUGGAUGUAUAUUAUCGUAUGACAGAGAUGCUCACAACGCAGUUGAAAUUACCGUUAACAACCCGCAACUUUUCUGGAAAUUUUCCCGCCACAAACGAAAUUCUUUCGACUCCUCGUUCCGAUGAUCCUAUUACGCCAAAUAAAGAUGAUAGUAUUGCGGGAAUAGAGGCUUUAAAAAAGAAGAAUAAGCGAAAAACUGCCGCAAGAAGAGAUGAUAGUAUUGUGGGAAUAGAGGCUUUAAAAAAGAAAAAUAAGCGAAAAACUGUCACAAGAAGAGAUGAUAGUAUUGCGGGAAUAAGAGCUUUAAAAAAGAAAAAAAAGCAAAAAACUGCCUUCAAGAAGAAAUAA